GUCAUGACCAGGGACAAACGAUUGUUUCCCGGAUCCACAAUGGGAUAUUCGGAGGGUUUGAUUUACAGAUGGGAAAUUCAAACCAAACAUCAUAUCAAGAUCUGACAGAGACAAUUGCUCCACGAGGGCCUGAAUGUCAUCGGCCUUUGAAUGUGGAAGGAGAAAUGUUGUCCAUUCUGUCUGUGAGAAAAGAUUUCAAACAUCAGUGUGACUGGAAAAGCACGAAGACAGACACACACCCAAGUAACAGUGUUGCAGUGAAUUGACUGUGGAAAGAACUUUAACCAGUUACACAGCCUGAGAAAACAUCACACUGUUCACAGCGGGGAGAGACUGCACAUGUAUGUGUGUGGUCAGCCUUCAACUAAGCGCGUAACCUGGAGAGACACAAGGAUACCCACACCAUAGGGAAACCAUGGAAAUGUGGGGACUGUGGGAAUAGAUUCAAUUCCCCAUCUGAGAUGGAAACUCAUCAACGCAGUCACACUGGGGAGAGACCGUUCACCUGCUCCGUGUGUGGGAAGGGAUUCACUCAGUCAUCCAGCCUCUACACACACCAGCAUGUUCAUACUGGUGAGAGGCCAUUCACCUGCCUUGAAUGUGGGAAGGGAUUUAAUGCUUUAUCAAACCUCCGGACUCACCAUCGUGCUCACUCCGAUGAGAGACCAUUUAAAUGUUGUGACUGUGAGAAGAGCUUUAAAAGCAGAAAGGAUCUACUGACACACCAACGCACUCACACUGGGGAGAGGCCAUUCACCUGCUCAGUGUGUGGGAAGGGAUUCACUCAGUCAUCCCACCUCCUGACACACCAACUCGUUCACACUGACAACAGACUUUUUGAAUGUUGUGACUGUGAGAAGAACUUUAAAAGUAAAAAGGAUUUACUGAACCACAAACGCACUCACAUUGGGGAGAGGCCAUUCACUUGCUCCGUGUGUAGUAAGAGAUUCACUUGUUCAUACUACCUUCUGAUACACCAAUUUGUUCACACUGAUCAGAGACCUUUUCAUUGUUCUGACUGUGAGAAGAAAUUUAAAAGCAAAAAGGAUCUUCUGAAACACAAACACACUCACACUGGGGAGAGGCCAUUCACCUGCUCUAUCUGUGGGAAGGGAUUCACUCGGUUAGCCCACCUGGUGAGACACCAUCGAGUUCACACUGGGGAGAGGCCAUUCACCUGCAAUGAGUGUGGGCAGGAAUUCAUUGAUUCAUCCGACCUUCUGAUACACCAGCGAGUUCACUCUGGGGAGAAACCAUACACUUGCCUUGUGUGUGGCAAAAGAUUCAGUCAGUCAUCUCAUCUCACUACACACCAACUUGCUCACACUGAUCAGAAACCUUUUAAAUGUUCUGACUGUGAGAAGAGAUUUAAAAGUAAAAGGAAUCUGCUGACACACCAGCAAGUUCACACUGGGGAGAGGCCAUUCACCUGCUUCAUGUGUGGGAAGGGAUUCGGUCAGUCAAACAACCUGCUGAGACACCAGCAAGUUCACAUGCAACAGCGGGGGUUGGAUUCUGCUGUUAUUGCUGCUGUUAAUCACAUCCAGGACUGAAUCAUGUCUGGAAGUUUGUU